CAGAAUAUAUAUUUUUAAACCUUUAUCUCCUCGCGCUGUCUUUGCCGCUUUUAUUCUGUGUCAUUAGACAUUUGUUUUGUUGUUUGAUCUCGCCAGAAACAGCGCGUUUAUCAGUUAUCCGUCUACUUCUUUUCACAAAUCAUCACGGCGCAAAAUACAAAUGGUCGAGUUGACUUCGUUUCUUGCCGACAACCCGUUCUUCUCGGCGGGAUUCGGCCUUAUAGGCGUGGGCGCCGGUCUAGCAGUUCUCCGCCAGGGCGCCAGGAGGGGCGCCGACUUGAUGCGGCGCCAACUGCUAGUGUCGAUGGAGAUCCCUAGCCACGAUAAGAGCUACCAGUGGGUCCUGGGUUGGCUGAGCCCCGUGCUGCCGCGCCACGUGGCCGUACAGACCAGCUACAAGCAGCACGAUAACGGCAGCGUAUCGACAAACUUUACAAUGGUGCCUGGCCAAGGUAAGCACGUGUUUUUCUACCGCGGAAUAUUUAUCCAAGUGGACCGCCAGCGCAACGCCAAGAUGAUUGACAUCCAGUCAGCCGCACCGUUCGAAACCGUAACGCUGACCACCCUGAGCAAGGAUCGCACAGUUUUCUCCAGGAUCCUCGCCGAGGCCCGCGAAUACGCCCUGUCCCAGAACGAAGGCCGGACAGUGCUGUACACGAGCUUUGGUCCCGAGUGGCGGCCCUUUGGACUGCCACGCAAGCGGCGUUUGCUCGAGAGCGUCAUCCUGGACCAAGGCGUGAGCUCGGGCAUAGUCGAUGACGUCCAGGACUUUAUAUCCAACGGAAAAUGGUACGAUGACCGCGGCAUCCCUUAUCGCCGCGGAUAUUUGCUGUACGGACCGCCAGGCAGCGGCAAGACCAGCUUCAUCCAGGCGCUGGCCGGCGACUUGGGCUACAAUAUAUGCAUUCUCAAUUUGAGCGAGCGCGGCCUGACUGACGACCGUCUGAACCAUCUGCUGUCUGUGGCCCCCGAGCGGAGCCUCAUUUUGCUCGAGGACAUUGACGCAGCAUUUAACCGCACACGCCAGCAAUCAGAACAGGCGGCCUACCAGCAGUCCAUGGUGACAUUCAGUGGCCUGCUGAAUGCCCUGGAUGGAGUUGCGUCCAGCGACGAGCGCAUCAUAUUCAUGACAACAAACCACAUCGAGCUCCUGGAUCCUGCCCUGGUGCGCCCCGGGCGGGUCGACGUGAAGGUGUAUUUAGGCAAUGCGUCGAGGCAUCAGAUUUGCCACAUGUUUACUCGCUUUUACGGCGAGGAUUGUGAAAAGCUGGGGGGUGCAUUUGCGGACAAGUUAGAGGGGCGGAGCGUCAGUACGGCGCAGCUACAGGGGCAUUUUGUCGUAUACAAAAAGGGUGCUCAGGAUGCCAUAGACAACGUUGGCGCACUGAUAGAGAUGACGAGUAACGCUUAG